CAGAGCAGGAGAGAGAAAAACAGGGGAAAGGGUUGUUUGUUCCACAAGAAAGAUACAAUUCUCCCUGAAAUUUCAAAUGCCCUUGUUUUCAAUUUGUUCUUAUAACUUCUUCUGUGAAAUCCCUUUAUUCUGAGUGCACAAACCACAUUGGAGGGUGUUGAUGUAGGGGAAAAUCUCCCCUACAAUCACCAUCAUCCAUAUUUUUAAUAAAUGGGUUGUAUUAGUUCAAAACAUGCUACCAAAACAGCUUCUCCGGCUCCGACUCUCGGAGCAGUCGUCGACGUUGUUCCUUCAUCAAAGAGUCAUUCCGGUGUGUCGGUUUUGGAAGCAAAAUCAUCAUUAGAGGAAAAUAAGAAUAGAAAAUUCAAGAAAAAUAGCUCGAAAAAAAGUGGCGCCGGCUCAGCAUUCAGUUUCAAAAUUGGAUUUUCAGGAAGGUAUGUUGAAGCAGAACAAAAUGCAGCUGGUUGGCCUCCGUGGCUUACAGCUUCUGCAGCUGAAGCUGUUCAAGGUUGGAUACCUCUUAAAGCUGAUGCUUUUCAGAAGUUAGAUAAGAUUGGACAAGGUACAUAUAGCAGUGUUUUUCGAGCACGUGAAGUUGAAACUGGAAGAAUGUUUGCUCUUAAAAAAGUGAGGUUUGAUACAUUCCAAGCUGAGAGUAUAAGGUUCAUGGCAAGAGAAAUAACAAUUCUAAGAAGGCUUGACCAUCCAAACAUAAUGAAAUUGGAAGGAAUAAUCACUUCUAAAAUGUCAAAUAGCUUAUACCUUGUGUUUGAAUACAUGGAACACGAUCUUGCUGGCCUAGUUUCUCGUCCUGAUAUUGUUUUCACCGAUGCACAGAUAAAAUGUUACAUGAGGCAGCUAUUAAGUGGAAUUGAACAUUGUCAUGUACGCGGAAUCAUGCAUAGAGACAUCAAAGUAUCAAAUAUCUUGUUGAACAAUGAAGGUGUUCUUAAGAUAGGUGAUUUUGGAUUGGCAAACACAAUUAGUCCUAACAAUAAGCAUCCGUUAACAAGUCGUGUAGUAACUUUAUGGUAUCGUCCUCCUGAGCUCUUGAUGGGAGCAACCAAUUAUGGUGUAUCAGUUGAUCUUUGGAGUGUUGGAUGUGUAUUUGCUGAACUUUUUCUUGGAAAGCCUAUUCUUAAGGGGAGAACCGAGGUUGAACAAUUACACAAAAUUUUUAAACUGUGUGGUUCUCCACCCGACGAGUUCUGGAAAAAGAACAAGCUUCCUCAUUCAACAAUGUUUAAACCUCAGGCUAAUUACGAAAGCUCUCUUAAAGAAAGAUGCGCAGAUUUUCCUGAAUCGGCUGUAAGUUUGCUCGAGACUUUACUGUCCAUCGAUCAUACCAAGAGAGGCACCGCUUCCUCCGCUCUAAUAUCCGAGUAUUUCAACACCAAGCCAUAUGCUUGUAAUCCAUCAAGCCUUCCAAAGUAUCCACCUAGCAAAGAAAUGGAUGCUAAAAGUCUUGAUGAGACUACUACUACAUCCAGGAAAAAGACCGAUAAAAGUCGAGAGGCUGCAACAUCUAGAAGGCAACAAAGACGAGGCCCUAAAGGUUACCAAGAUCAGAACCAUUAUGGUCAAUCAACUUCAAAAGAGACAUUUUCUCAUACUAGAAAAGAUGAUGGUAGAGCUAAUAUACCAAAGGGAAAAGGAGGAAGUACUAUUAGCAAAGAUCACACAAAAACUACAAUGGAUGCAAUGUUAGAGACUUCACAAAGGUUGAAUGUUGCUGAUGGUAAUGGCUAUAGUGUACCUGUACAAGUCAAUGGAGGAUCUCAUGAGCUUGCAUCAUGGACAAAAAGAAGAAAACAAGAUGCAUCAUCCACUUUAUCAGAUGGAUCAAGAAGUAAAAUUAGUGCAUUGGAUCCUAAUUUUGCAAAAGGCACUUAUGAUUUAACAAAUCAAAGAGUUUCCAUGGAUUUUGAUCCAAAAGAAUUAAGGAAUGCACAGGGACAAAGAGACGAACAAGGUACAUAUUGGAAUGAUGGUGUGCGGCGCGCAGCCCGUAAAUCAAGAUUUGGAAGAGAUGUAUGAUUCAAGUAUCACAAGAGUGGAGUAAUUCUAACCUCUAAAAAAGGGUGCUUGAAAGGAAAUUAUGAUCAAUGUUGAAAUUUGUUAGGACAAUCUCAACCAUUUUAGCUUAUGAAUUGGUCUCUCUUUUGACAUUUUUUUUGAACUAGCUUCUCUUGACAUCUUGGUUGC